CCAUUAAAUAACCCAUGUCCCUGCAUUAGUUAAAUCCUUCUGCUCUGCGUCUUCUUGUUCCUCUCGCCCAGAAUCCGAGAUCAACCCUGACCCCUAAGGCCAGGGGUUUUUCUCGGCUUCUUCAGAUUCCUGAAAUGGCGUCUGUUUCAGCUUUAGCCAAGUACAAGCUCGUCUUCUUGGGUGACCAAUCCGUGGGCAAAACCAGCAUCAUCACUCGCUUCAUGUACGAUAAAUUCGAUAACACCUAUCAGGCUACAAUUGGUAUUGAUUUUCUAUCAAAAACUAUGUAUCUCGAAGAUCGAACUGUUCGACUGCAGUUGUGGGAUACAGCUGGCCAGGAAAGAUUUAGAAGUCUUAUUCCAAGCUACAUUAGGGACUCAUCUGUAGCUGUUAUUGUAUAUGAUGUUGCAAGCCGGCAGACUUUCCUAAAUACUGCAAAGUGGAUUGAAGAGGUGCGAACAGAGAGAGGCAGUGAUGUCAUUAUUGUUCUUGUUGGGAACAAAACUGAUCUUGUCGAGAAAAGACAAGUCUCUAUAGAGGAAGGGGAAGCAAAAGCACGUGAGCUCAAUGUCAUGUUCAUUGAAACUAGUGCUAAGGCUGGGUUUAAUAUAAAGGCCCUAUUUCGAAAAAUUGCUGCAGCACUACCUGGAAUGGAAACACUAUCUUCUGCAAAACAAGAAGACAUGGUUGAUGUAAACUUAAAGUCUACAAAUGGCAGUGCUCAGUCUCAACCUCAGUCAAGUGGAUGUGCUUGUUAAGUAUACUUUAUCAUGUGCGGUCCACCUUUUUGUGUCAUGCUUUUUGUUUUAUGCGGGUUUUUCUAUAGUCUUCUACAGCAUUAUAUGAAAAGAUGAAAGAAUAUAUAAGCGGAUCAGGGUAGGGGUUGAUAAAAGUUCUGUCUAGACAAUUUCUGUUGUUAGUUGGUUUUUUGCCUAUAAUGUGUACUAAUGAAUUUUUUUUUUUUGAACGGCAUAAUGUAGUAAAGGUACCCAACCCAAAAUUGAAUUGUGUUCAUUGUACCCUGUAAAACGUGUGAUAUGUUUAAAAUUUAACUUGUUCAUCUGGAUUGACGUA